AAACCACAUUGACAUGGAUCAGUUAAUAGAGACACUGGGGGGAAAAGGGCACGUUUGCUUUCACACCGAAGGACAACCAUGGCAUAAAUUCCUCCUGCCUCCCAAAGACCAACACCAUUCCCAGUGAUGGAGAUCUCAAUGCAUUAGAGAGAGAAGAACACCUAGCCAUGAAGAUGACCAAGGGAGAAGACACAAAGAAGAAGAACGACCACAAAAAAGAGGCACCUUUAAUGGAAUCAGAGGAAGGCGAAGGAGAGCCAAAAGAAAGCAGAGAAAAAGACGAGGAGGAGGAGGAGAAUGAGGAGGAGGAGGAGGUGGGCGAGGGGAAGACGGUGGUGGUCGGCGUGAAGACGGAAGCCCAGAGCCGAGAACUCCUCACAUGGGCCCUCGUCAAGGUGGCCGCCCCCGGCGACCGCGUUGUCGCCAUCCACGUCCUCACCUCCCGCUCGUCCUCCUCCUCCGAUCCUGAGGGCGAGGGCGAGCCCGCCGCGCCCGUCUCCCUCGCCAAAGCUCUUGACGCCAUGCUCGCGGUCUACAGGGGCUUCUGCAAUCUAAAGCAGAUCGAUCUAAAGUUGAAGAUUUGCAAGGGGGCUGCGGUCCGGAAGGUUUUGGCCCGGGAAGUGAGCGAAUUCGCUGCGUCAAAACUCAUUCUUGGGGUCGCCAAGCACGGUCGCACCAUCAGGUUGUCUUCCUUUUCAAUUGCAAAAUAUUGCGCAAAGAAGCUGCCUUUUUGUUCGGUGUUCGCCGUAAGCAAUGGCAAAAUUGUUUUCCAAAGACAAGCAGCAGACAAAAACAAAGUCCACAGGAGGGAUUCGAGCAAGGAUUCUACUAGUAGCUUUGGUGAUGGCGAAUUGUAUUGUUUGUUGCCAAUUAGAGGUCAGGCAGCAAAGGAUGCUGAUGAUUCCAAUUCUUCACCUCGAUUGGAAGAUGGGUCGAAUCGUGGUAGUAGUGCUGCUGAUGACAAUGCAACAAUGGUGGAUGCCUCUUUAAAACAGAAUUGUUCAAUUUGUGAAUCUGUUUCUGUUCCUCCAAGCAUGAAUGAAUCGAAGGAGGAUGAGCCACUGGCUCCGGUUCCAAAGGAGAAUUCUGAUGGUCCUCUGAGUUGUUUGGGGAUGCCUGUGGUAAAGGAGAUUCCGAGAGCAAGACCCAGAUGGGUGCUCCUCAGAAGAUUGGUCUUUUCAAGCAGAAGGAGUUCUUCUUCUUCCAAUUGGGGGCCUAAGAUCUCGGUAUCUGAAGGGGCAUUGCGGCUUCCUAGCCGGUAUUCAGCAGUCCAUCCUUGUCGCAUGUUCAUGAAGCCAAGUGCAAAAUCCACCUCUAAUACUGAUGAAGAGAGCAAUGGCAUUGUUCCAGUUGGCACUGACUCAACUCCUCUCUCUGUUGCUGUCCAUGGUGAACAAGGGGUACUUUCAAAGGAGUUGGAGUCUUUUCAAGAGAAGUAUUCAUCAGUUUGUAGAUUGUUCAGCUACAAGGAACUUGUAAACGCUACCUCCAACUUCUCACCAGAGAAAUUAAUUGGGAAGGGAGGCUGCAGCCGAGUUUAUGAGGGCUGUCUUUCAGAUGGCAAGGAAGUGGCAGUGAAAAUUUUGAAGCCUUCUGAGGAUGCAUUGAGAGAUUUUGUUUCGGAGAUUGAGAUUGUCACCACCUUGCAUCAUAAGAACAUUAUUUCUCUGAUUGGGUUUUGCCUUGAGAACAACAGUCUCAUAUUGGUUUCUCACUACCUGUCAAGGGGUAGCUUAGAUGAAAUUCUUCAUGGUGAGAAAGAGAACAAGCAUGUUCUUAGUUGGUCCACUAGAUAUAAGGUUGCUUUGGGCGUAGCGGAGGCACUUGAUUACCUGCAUGGUGGUAGCGGUGCUGAAACUGUGAUCCAUAGAGAUGUGAAGUCUUCAAACAUCCUUCUCUCUGAGGAUUUCGAGCCACAGUUGUCUGAUUUUGGACUUGCAAAGUGGGCAUCGACAUCAACAUCAACAUCAACAUCAAAUCCAACUUCUGGUGUUGUUGCAGGAACAUUCGGGUAUUUGGCUCCUGAAUACUUCAUGUAUGGGAAAGUCAAUGAAAAGAUUGAUGUCUAUGCUUUUGGUGUCAUGCUUCUUGAGCUUCUUUCAGGAAGGAAGCCCAUCAGCACAGGGUACCCCAAGGGCCAGGAGAGCCUGGUCAUGUGGGCAAAGCCAAUCCUUCAAGGUGGUGAAGUCCAACAGCUGGUGGAUCCAUGUUUAGGAAAUGAAUAUGAUAGCAAUCAGAUGGAAAGGGUGACUCUAGCUGCUUCCCUUUGCAUCAGGAGGGCUCAUCAAUCCCGGCCGCGAAUAGCCCCUGUUUUGAAGCUACUCCAAGGGGAUGAUGAUGUUGUCAAGUGGGCGAGAUCACAACUCAGCACUUUUGAAGGGCUUGAUGAGUUGGAUGAUGAGUUAAUGCACGCAAAGUCUAUCAUCCAAUCCCAUCUUAACCUUGCACUUCUUGAUGUGGAUGAUGAUUCAUUAUCAAUCAGCAGUGCAGAGCAUACUGUUGAUUUUAUAAGUGCAAACAAUCCCAUGGAGGAUUACUUGAAAGCGAGAUGGAGCUGUUCCUCAAGCUUCAGUUAACUAAUUUCUUGUAGAUGUGGUCUCCAAUUUUUUUUCUUUUUCCUGUUUAACUUUUAUUAAACCAAUGGUGUUUAUAUUUUCUGAAUCCUUUGAUUUGAUCUAUUUGUUUUAACUUGAUGUGGGGAGAGGGAUGGUCUGUAGUUCCCACUUCUUUGCCUCUUCACAUGCUAGUCUAUUGUGAGAUUGUUUUUGAAGAACAAUUCAGCUCUUUGGCUUCUCAAAUGAAAUGCAGGGACCUAACAAUGGGGAGUCGAUGGCUUUUUGUGU